AUGGCUCAAUCUCAGUGGAUGCGAUCGCCCUCCGACGGCUCGGUUGCUUUCGCAGAGCUCGUCGACCUCCGCCUUCAGCAGAGCUCCGGCCGCACUUAUGCGGUAUUCCCCUCUGAUGCGCACGUUGGGGAGCCGACAGACAUCAUGUUCUUGGAAUGGUGCCGUGCUAUCCACCGCCUUGCGUGGAUUAUCAAUCCUCGGCCUUUCUUCCAGGCAGGCUGUGCUGAGGGCGGGCUUGAACCUCCGCUUCUCUCUGGAGUUCAAGCUGAGUUGUCUUCUAUCAACUACGAGCUGAAGAUAGAAGAACUGCCGCCCUUCACCGAAGCGUACCCUCGCCUGGGCCUCGAGAAGGCCAGCGAUCCCUUCACCCCUUGUCCGCCCUUGAAGAAUUGGGAGCCAGACCCGAAAUCCAUCCCGCACUCAAACGCGGGGCCCAUUGCGCCGAAGCGGACCAAAGUCAAUGCUAUCAUCUGUGUGCUGACUUUGCUUGAGUUAUGGUCAGAAUCCGAAAAUGCUGUGGAAUUCUUGGCCCCUAUGGAGAUAGUGCUCUUCGGCAGCAGCGUCCGCCCAAGGCCCGGCUACGGCGGGACCGAAUUCGGCGGCGUCGCGGACUUCACGCUGCCGGAAGUUGUACGCGUACCGAGUGGGAGCACCUCGCCUUCGACCCAAGGUACAGAGUACGCAUGGAGCCGCAGGGAUGGGAAACAUGAGCUGCAUGUCCUGGAGUGCGAGGCUCACUCCCUUUUGAUUCACAACCGGCCGGAUGCAGCAGGGUAUGCGUCCUCUGAGUCGUCCGUGAGUACGUCGCAAGGAUGGUCGCGGGAGAAGGGGUCGUUCCCGGAGGAAUUGGGCCUCCCUUUGGACGUGGCAGUAGGAGAUGGAUACGGGGAGAGUGAAUUCGUCUCCGAACAGCUACUUGUGAAGGCGGCGGAAAGCGGAACGGAGACGACCUCCUUUAGGAUUGGCCAAAUCUGCGGUGGGACGCCACACGGCGCCUGGGCUACCACGGAUUAG